AUGCUGCUUCAUAAAAUACCAUGUUAUUUAGAAAAUGCACUCAAAUCUGCUCUUACGAACUUUGUUGAUGAAGAGACCAUCCUCGAUUACGACAGGGAGGCAGAGCUGGCUCUACAGAAACUCACCACAGGAGAGGUUGACGUGAACCAGUUGGCCAAUGCUUGGUCCAGGUCUUAUAUGGAGACAACCCUGGAGCAUGCUCACCCAGAAGAACCCAGCUGGGAUGAGGACUUUGCAGAUGUGUAUCAUGAACUGAUCCACUCUCCUGCCUCUGACACUCUUCUCAACCUGGAGCACAACUAUUUUGUCAGCAUCUCAGAGCUCAUCAGUGAAAGAGACAUGGAAAUUAAGAAGCUACAGGAGAGAAACUCUGCUGAAAUGGAAAAGGUGAUGCUUGAGCUAGGAAAUACUCUGACUGAUCAGGAUGUAAAUGCAGUUGCAUCUCAACACUUUGAUACACAACAGGAGUUGGAGAACAAAUGGACUAGUGAGUUGAAGCAAGUGACCGGUAUACAGAAGCAGGAAUAUCAGGAGUGGGUCAUUAAAUUACACCAGGAUCUACAGAAGUCAAACAACAGUAGCCAAAUUAAUGAAGAAAUUAAGGUACAGCCCAGCCAACUGUCUGAGGAAGGGGAUUCUGGGAGCCGGAUGUUUGAUGAGCAGCCUCUGCUGGAGGAGAGCUUCACCAUCCACCUAGGCGCACAACUAAAGACAAUGCACAACUUGCGGCUGGUCCGUGCAGAUGUGCUUGACUUGUGUAAACAUCGGCGACAUGGCAGCAGCGGAGCCAAACUCAGGCGGCUGCAGACGGCACUGUCUCUGUACUCCUCAUCACUAUGUGGUCUGGUACUUCUAGUUGACAACAGGGUCAACUCGUACAGUGGAAUCAAGAGAGACUUUGCUACAGUUGCAAAAGAGUGUACCGACUUCCACUUCUUGUUCCUGGAGGAACAGCUGGAGGAUGUGCAGCAGCUGGUGCUUUACGCCAGAGCGCAGCGGAGCAGCAAACAGAAGGACCAGACUGAGAUCCUACGAAAUGGCAAUGAAGAUAAAAGUAAGAAUGUUGAUCGAAAUCCCUCAAACCUUUUACCGGGCGAAUUUUACAUCUCUCGACAUUCUAACCUGUCUGAAGUCCAUACUGUUUUCCACCUUUGUGUGGAUGACAAUGUGCGCUCUGGAAACAUCAACGCACGAGACCCUGCCAUUAUGGGCCUAAGAAACAUUCUCAAAGUAUGCUGUACACAUGACAUCACAACGGUGACCAUCCCACUGCUGCUGGUCCACGACAUGUCGGAGGAGAUGACAAUUCCAUGGUGUCUUAAGAGAUCUGAACUUGUUUUUAAAUGUGUCAAAGGUUUUAUGAUGGAGAUGGCCUCAUGGGAUGGAGGUAUUUCCCGGACUGUACAGUUUCUAGUUCCUAAGAGUAUUUCAGAAGAAAUGUUUUACCAGUUGAGCAACAUGCUGCCUCAGAUAUUCAGAGUGUCAUCUACUUUGACUCUCACUUCAAAGCAAUAG